UAUAAACAAUAAGCUACUUUGCAAAAGAAUCACGGGGAACCUUGAUUCACGUUAUUACCUGGUUUGAGUGCCAUUACGCGGUAAUAUAGUCCUCGAAACGCACCGGGCGGAUUCUUUUCGGCUCUUUGAAUAAUGCUUUAGUAAUCAUUUUUUAUCACCACUUGGUUGAAUGGCUGUUUAAUGCCUUCAUCGCACGCGGCAAAAACGAUUAUAUGUCUGUGUUUUUCACGGUGUAUGUAAAGAUAUGUUUCAUGCUUGAAAACAUGGGGGAAAAGUAUGCUACUAUAUUUAAUGUUUUACAGCAGACUGGUAACGUAACAGCAGCCGAAAAAUGGCGGAAUUUCCCGAUCUCGACUCGACAUGGUCUUGGAUUGUAAUGGUUGCUAUUUUUGUGGCAUUGUCUGUUAUCGGUGGCACGAAUUACACAGUGGGACUGGUACACAACAUUUUACUCGAGAAAUAUAACGAAACUCAGACUACAACUGCAUGGGUAGGAGCUGUCCAUACAUCGAUAUCAAAUUUAGCAGCUCCACUCUCCAGCGCACUUAUCGACCAUUUUAGUGUUCGAACCGCAAUGAUGACAGGUGGCCUGCUUUAUACAAUCGGGUUUCUGUCCACAGCGUUUGCACCAAACAUUAGUCUGUCUGUCUUGACCUUUGGAGUUAUUGCAGGUCUUGGCGGAGCUAGCGGAUGGACAGCAAGUAUGAUUGCACCUAAUUUCCAUUUCAAAAAAUACAGAAAUAUCGCCCAGGGACUUUCGUUUUCCGGUAUAGGGGCAGGAAUGUUUGGCGUUCCACCAAUCAUAUCAUGGACUGGGAACAAUUAUGGCAGUUUUGGAUUUUUUGUUGCACUUGCAUGUGUUUCCGCUCAGUUUAUCGUCUGCGGAAUGAUAGCGCGUCCAUCUAGUCUAGAAAUUCACUCACGCCACGUGCGCAAAGCAGAAACAAAUAAAAGGGGUGAAAAAGGCGGGAUUCUAUCUACGUAUUUAAAAAUCUUAACAACGAAAAGUGUUCUGUGUUAUACGCUUAGUAUGUUUGCAUAUGGUUUCGGGAUGUACAUCAUUUUUGUAUAUUUACCUGUUUAUUGCAUACGACAAGGAUCGAGCGAAAUGCAGGCGUCGUAUAUUUUAUCCAUUUGUGGGUUAUCGUCAAUAUUUGGCCGUAUUGUGACAGGUUUCAUAGCAAAUUUUAGACAAGUCAACGAAAUAUCUCUAUAUGUAGGAAGUUUGACAAUUAUUGC